UAAAAGUGUACGUAGGGCAACGGCGCACUGCGCUGCUACGUUCCCCUCCCUUUAGAAGUUCUUGGAGUCUGAAGGAAGUCCUAUCAAAUCUGGACGUGGAAGUGGAGCAGGUGGUAAGCACCAUGUCCUUCAGUCACCAGGAUAUCGUAGCUGCUCUGAGCAACCGUGUCCGCAUGACCAAAGUGACUAAGGAGAGUAUGGCUGACAGCAUGAGGGCCAUCAAAUCCAGUCCUGGCUACGAGAUCACAUUCAGUCUGCUCAACCCAGACCCAAAGUCGCACAGUCUUCACUGGGAUAUCGAGGGUGCCGUUCAAAACUACAUUCAGCCUUUAUUGAACAAACUUGCUCCUAUAGCCAACUUUUCAGUGGACUCUCAGGUACCUUAGAACAAUUACAUUGUAGUUUGUGUGAACUCUAACAAAUGUGACUUCUCACAGGGCUGAUGGAAUAUUCUGUACCCUGCAACGGUUACAAAUGUGUCAACCUGUAGAGAAUUUGCUGUACUGUUUAUGCAACAACAGAUAAAUUUGCACAACUAUUAGAGCUGCUUUUUUUUAUUCAUGAGAGAAAUUAAG